GCCUGUCCAUGAAACCACCACCUCUCUCAAAACCCGAAAAAAAAGAUACAUAUAGGGCAGGCUUUCUCAACCAGGGUGCCCAGGCACCCUGGGGUGCCUUGAGGUUUCUUCAGGGGUGCCUUGGCAAAAUGUCUAAAAAUUGCCCAAAACUUGUAUACAAGCCAGAGGGUGGAACAAGCCUGCCUUUUAGUUACACAAAGCCACAGGUUUUCAUUGUGCACCAUUACAACUUUCCAGCCGCUGGUCUCCUGACAAAAUUAAUGACAUCA